UCAGUUCUGCUGCAGCUCAGUGAAGCUGUGGGACGUGAAGAGACGAGGCGGUGCUUCACUUCACUCCAGAUCCAUUCACACACACACACACACACACAUGCACACACAUUUCCUCAAACUGUGACUGGGGUCAUUCCUCAUUUCAUCCUGUGCAGCAGCAUGGAGGUAACGAAGGGAGAAGAGAGUGGGAAUGAACAUGGAGCGUCUUUAUUCGGGACAGCAGAGCUGGAGAGUCAGAGCACAAACACUGGACGAGACAAGAGCAGGAGCAUCCGGUGUAAAAUCAUUACUGGGGUUCUGCUGCUGUGCCUCCUGGUGUUAAUCCUGGCUUUGGCCCUUUGUCUGAGAUACCCCGAUGAAGAGAGAGACGGGGAAUUCUGGCUGCAGACGUUCUCUGACGAAAUUCCACAGCUACAGUGUCCACCUGGCUUCUCCAGGUCUCCUCUCAUCCUCUUGUCCUUGGACGGUUUCCGAGCCGAGUAUCUGAAAGAUCACGGCAGCCACCUCCCCAUUAUCAGCAAGUUACGAAAAAUUGGAACCACAACACCGUACAUGAGGCCCGUUUAUCCCACUAAGACUUUUCCAAACCACUACAGCAUUGUGACUGGUCUUUAUCCCGAGUCUCACGGGAUCGUGGACAACAAGAUGUACGAUGUGACCCACGACGCUCUCUUCAGCCUGAAAAGUAAAGAGAAAUUCAACCCUAAGUGGUACCAAGGGGAGCCGGUCUGGAUAACUGCUAUGAAUCACAAACUGAAAACAGGAACUUUCUUCUGGCCGGGCUCAGACGUUUCGAUCAACGGCACUUUCCCAAAUUUCUACAACAAAUAUGACAUGACCAUUUCGUUUGAGGACAGAGUGAGGACGCUGUUUGAUUGGCUCAGUUUACCUGAGGGACAAAGACCCGACUUCUACACUUUGUACCUGGAAGAACCUGACGCAUCAGGACAUGCUCAUGGGCCAGGAAGCAAAGAGGUCCUUUUGGCCUUGGAGCGUGUGGACAGGAUAUUGGCAAUGCUGAUGGACGGCCUGACGGAGAGAAGCCUGCACCACUGUGUCAACCUGAUGGUCGUAUCUGACCACGUCUGCGGUUUCACGGUAGUAAGUAACAAUAAGGAAAUCAAGUACUGCAGCGGAGGAUUCCACGGCUCCGAUAAUCUCUUCACCAACAUGCAGGCGAUCUUCAUCGGCUAUGGUCCAGGAUUCAAAAGCAACACCGUUGUGCCACCUUUUGAAAACAUCGAAUUAUAUAACCUCAUGUGUGAUCUUCUCGGUAUUCGUCCCGCUCCAAACAACGGGACUCACGGUAGCCUGAACCACCUCCUGAGACACCCACUGCACCUUCCAGUUCACCCAGCGCAGCUCUCCCAUGAUUCCCCCUGCGUGGCCAGUGACCCCGUCCCCACUGACGACCUGCAGUGCACGUGCACAUCCCAGACCAAGGCAGAGGAGACGGAUAUGAACAGGCAUCUCAUCACAACUAAUUCCAGUGCUAACGUCAUGCUGCGUCACCUCCACCAUCCUUUCGGGACGCCCAAGGUCGUCCAGCCAGACGCCGACUUUUGCCUCCUGCACCACUCCGACUACCUCAGCGGAUACAGCAGGGACCGCCUCAUGCCCCUCUGGGUGUCGUACACCCUCCAGCCUCUGACCACAGUGCGACCCCUGAGCCCGGAGGUGGAGGCUUGUGUCCGUGCUGACGUGCGAAUCCCACCGGCCGCCAGCCAGCUGUGUCUCCGCUAUAGAGACAACUCGGAUCUGUCCUACGGUCUGCUGCAUCCCCCCAAUCUGAGCUCCAGCGGACGUGAGUCAGACUCUCUCCUCACGAGCAACAUGGCUCCGAUGUUCCCUGCCUUUAAAGAUGUUUGGACACAUUUCCACGACGUCCUGCUUCCAAAGUUUUCACAGCAGUUGAACGGACUCAACGUCAUGAGUGGGCCGAUAUUUGAUGAGGACUUUGACGGAAAUGUUGACGCGUUCAAAACAAUCUCGGGGAAUGAGGCUCCCAUCCCGACUCAUUUCUUUGUGAUCCUGACGAGCUGCGGGAACUCAGCCCUCAUCCCCUCUCGCUGCGAGGGCCCUCUGCAGACGCGGGCCUUCAUCCUGCCCCACAGACCUGACCACACCGAGAGCUGCGCUGAUGGGUCGGACUUGACGUGGGUGGAGGAGUGGCUACGUUUUCACACCGCGCGAGUCCGAGACAUCGAGCUCCUGACCGGACUGAGCUUCUACCACGACAGGAUAUCGGUGGACGAGACGCUACAGCUCAAGACGUUUCUACAUAGCGCUUAAAACCAGAGACACUGAAGUUUUAAUCUCCAAAGGAAGCCAUAUUGGUCUGCACAACAGGCCUCAGUCCACGUGGACUCACAGUAAACCUGCUCUCAGGUGCCAUCACUUACAAACGUUUCCUGUUUUCAGACCAUAUGAAUCCCAACAAUGACCAUCCAUCCAUUUUUUAUUUUCUUUUAUUGUAAUGUCUGAUUCCAAAACUCAUUCUACAGUUAUUCAGUGUGGGAAAGUCAAGUUUUGUUGCUUUGUUAGGAUGAUUGUACAGAGAGGGUUGUGUUUUGUUAUAUAUGAGACUCCGGAGCUUUGAACCAAAGACGCCAGCACGUCUGCCGCACUUCCUCAGAUGGGAUUAAAACAAAAGGGAAACGUUCAUCCACGGAACACGUAUUUAUACCACGGAGGAUUUUAUUGGUCAGGUGAUUUUUUCAGAAACACCAUGAAGAUCUGGAGACUUUCAGGAAUCCUGCCACACAUCUGGAGAAGUGGCCGCAGCAGCUGGAAGAAAAACACCCAAAUCUUCUCGUGAUUGUUUUUGUAUUUUCUUUAUACUGCGACAAUGUUGUUUUUAGUUUUGUACAUUUUUGGUUUGGUCGGUGACAUCAAGUGUUCAGUCGAGUGUGUGAUAGUGUGCGUGCACAUGUGCAGUUUGUGUAUUUAUGGACGGAUUACGAGGCCCUGACGUCACCUACAGGACACACAGAAUGAAACGACUUCAUACAACAUGGCUUGUUUGUGUCACCUGUUGUGUCUCUUUCUGAGUUUUCGUGUCAUUUAAAACAUUUUUAUGUUAAACUUCACCAAGGACUCUCUUUCUUUUCCUUUCAGCAUUUUCACAAGUUUCCCAGGGACUGUUGGUCACUCUUCUGAUGUGUGCAACUCUUUUUUGAGCUUCUGUGUCACUUUGUCCUCUUUUGUCUCUGUGGUUGUUUGCAUCUUUGUGGUCCUUCACUCAUUCUGAGUCUCUCCUGUCUCUGUUCAGUGGUUAUACAUCUCUCUCUUGCUUUGCAUGUCUGUGGUUGUGUCUUUAACAUGUUCUGUACCUCUGUGCAGUCGUCCCAAGAUUCUUUUUCAUUGUGUGCAGAGCUCUCAGGUGUUGCAGCUGAACUUCAGCCGGUGGAGAUGGGGAGAGAUUCUCUGUGUUCAGUAAUCUGUCCAUGACUAUGUGUUGUGUGCAAAUGUGUUUUAUUAUUUUCGGGAUCAACGCUGUCUUUGCUCGGUCGUAGAUUUCCGCAUCACCGCAGCUCUUUGGGAAUCUGAGCCGGUAAAUAAUAAAGUUCGAAAGAUUG